AUGUCCAGCUGUGGCUACGUCACCUUCCUGUGCGCCUUGGUAACAGUUGUUCUGCUGACAACUGCUGACGCCGGUUAUGUCGGCGGUGGAGGCAUUGGACUUGGCGGUGGAGGCUACGGUGGCGGGGGCUACGGCGGCGGAGGCUACGGAAAGCUGUGGCAGCCGUACAGCUUCGGCUACCAAGUUCUGGACAAGUAUGGCACCCAGCACCGCGAAGAGAAGAGCAACGGUCUGGGCAGCGUGAAAGGAAGCUACGGCUUCACGGACGCAUGGGGUCGCUUCCGGCAGGUGCACUACGUCGCCGACAAGUAUGGAUUUCGAGCCAAGGUGCUGACAAAUGAGCCUGGCACGUCAAACCAGCAGCCGGCAGCCGUGCGAAUGUUGUCCAGCGGGGGCGGAGGUCACGGUCGUUAA